AUGGUGCGGCCCCAACUUACCUCACCAAACUGCUCACACCACAACAUCAACCUGGACCCGGUCAGGCCAACAGCACCUUUGCUCCAGCCCAGGACACGGCUUAAAACUAUGGGCGACAGAGCCUUUGAGGCCGCAGCUCCCCGUCUGUGGAAUGCUCUCCUGGAGCACCUCAGGGCUCCACAGACCGGUGUCACACACUCUUCCGAGGGCUUUGAAACAGGUGAACCCCGGAAAGCAGCAGGUCCAGAAGGUGUUUCACCCAGAGUCCAAAAGGCCUGUGCAGAACAACAGGCAGUGCCGGAAACUGUUGACCUGUCCAUCCGGUCCACCACAUCCAACUGGGUCCUGCAAUUCCUCAGACCGCAGGUUGUAUGGAUGGGAAGAACAGUCUCCACUGAGCUCUCAAGCAGCACUGGAUCACCUCAGGACUGCUGCCUCAGCCCCAAACUCUUCACCCUAUACACUCAUGACUAUGUGUCCAACAUAGACAACACAGUCAUCAUCAUAUAUGUUGAUGACAGGACCAUCCUGGGCCUCAUCAAGGUUCAGAACCAUGUGAACCAAAUCUGCAGCACGUGGGGAAGUGAAAACAUCAAGACAUUUGAUGGCAAUAUAUACCAGUUCCCUGGUAUGUGUGAAUACAUCCUGGCCUCCGACUGCCACGAGUCCUACCACGAGUUUCACGUCAAACUGCCGUACUACAAUGCAGGGGUAGAGGUGGAAAACGGUGCUGUGUACUUCAAGGAGGCCAAAGUUGGGGUUGUUGUAAUGUGGAAUGGUGAUGAUGCCAUCAUGGUGGAAGUGGAUCCUGAGUAUGCAAAUCGUACUUGUGGGCUAUGUGGAGAUUUCAAUGGAAACGAAGUCUACAAUGAGUUCUUUCACAAUGAUCGCAGAAUUAGUUCAAUUGAGUUUGGCAACAAACAGAGAGUCUAUCAACCCAAUGAUGACUGUGAUGACCCCUAUGAAGAGGAAGAUGAACCAGAAACUAUGCAGGAGUUAUGUGCAGAAAAAAAACCUUGUGAAGAUGUGCUGCUUUCACCAUCAUGGAACUCAUGCUCAAUAUUGAUCAACCCUGAUCCUUACAUCCAGACUUGUGUUCAAGACAUGUGUCAUUGCAAAAACAGUACAAACGACUUCUGUGUCUGCAGUACAUUUUCUGAGUACUCUCGUCAGUGUUCCCAUGCUGGAGGCACGCCCCCCAACUGGAGGACAAGCUCAGUUCUGCUGCGAACAUGUCCCUUCAACAUGGUUCACGAAGAGAGCGGUUCCCCUUGCGUGGAUACUUGUUCACAUCUCGACACCGGUUCACUGUGUGAGGACCACAAAAUGGAUGGAUGCUUUUGUCCUUCUGGAACCGUGUUUGAUGACAUUUCCAUGAGAGGUUGCAUUGCUCAGUCAGAAUGUCAGUGCAAGCACAACAAAGUCUAUAACACUGGGGAAGUUUAUGUUCAGGAUGGCAAGGAAUGCACAUGUUUUGAGGGUAGAUGGGACUGUAAAAGUCUUCACACUCCUGCAACCUGUGCAGUUGAAGAGGGUUCACAUGUAACUACAUUUGAUGGGAAAACCUACACCUUCCAUGGAGAUUGUUACUAUACCCUGGCUAAGGUGGACAGUAAGGAUGAUAAAAGUCCAAAGUUUACCAUCCUGGUUCCGGUACCUUGUGCAAACAGUGAACUUGACACUUGUCUGAAAAGCCUGAAACUCCUGCUGAACAAUGACAGAAACAAUGAACUGAUGGUUACUUAUGAUGGAGCAGUAAAGUACAACAUGCAGUCAGUCACUUUGCCGUACCACUCAGGUGAUAUCAACAUUUUCAAAGCUUCAUCGUUUCACAUCAUACUACAGACAAGUUUUGGGUUACAAAUUCAGAUUCAGCAUGUGCCCGUCAUGCAAAUAUACGUCAGCCUGGAUGAAGCAUACAAGUCUAAAGUUCGUGGUUUAUGUGGGAACUACAACAUGGUUAUGAAAGAUGACAUGAAGACUCCUCAGGGGAUUGUGGAAGGCACAGCUGCAACUUUUGGUAACUCUUGGAAGGCUAACCCUGUGUGUCCAAACAAAGAAGAGAGAGUUGAUGACCCCUGCUCCCUCAGUAUGGAAAAUGAGAGAUAUGCCAAACACUGGUGUGCCUUGCUGCAAAGUUCAAAUAGUACCUUCAUGCAGUGCCAUGCAGCAGUUGAUCCUGAUACAUAUUACAAGCGCUGCAUGUACGCUAGCUGUAACUGUGAGAAGAGUGAGGACUGCCUCUGUGCUGUCUUCUCGUCUUAUGCACGAGCUUGUGCAACAAAGGGGGUGUUGCUGACUGACUGGAGAGAGCAUGUGUGUGAAAAAUAUGCAAGGAGCUGCCCAGUGUCUCAAACCUUCUCCUACAACCACCAGAGGUGCCAGCUGACAUGCAGAUCCCUCAGCUCAGAACAAAAGAGCUGUACGUCGGACUUUUUGCCCGUGGAUGGCUGUUCUUGCUCAGAGGGUCACUACCUAGAUGACAACGGUAUCUGUGUCCCCAUGGCAAAAUGUCCCUGUUUUUACAACGGAAACUACGUCAAAGCUGGAAAAUCCGUCAGUGUCAAUGAAGAGCACUGUGUGUGUUCCAAUGGAAAGCUUCAUUGUCACACUUGGAGACUUCGUUCAUUGACAUGCCCUCAUCCAAAGCAAUUCUUCAACUGUUCCGACGCAGACACCGGAGAGCGUGGCGUGGCGUGCGCUCGCACCUGUUUAAAUCUGGAUGGCGAUGAAUGCUACUCUACAGAGUGUCAGUCCGGCUGCCGGUGUCCAAGUGGGCUUGUUGAUGAUGGGAAUGGUUUCUGUGUGAAAGAACAUGAAUGUACAUGUCAGCAUGAUGGGCUUCUCUAUAAACAUGGAGAUGCAAUCCUGAAUCAGUGCAACACUUGCACCUGCACUAGUGGAAACUGGAUGUGUACUGACAAGCUAUGCCCAGGAACCUGCAUCAUUUAUGGAAGUGGUCAUUACAGCACAUUUGAUCAAAGAACAUAUGGCUUUCAAGGGCACUGUGAAUAUAUUGCUGUCAAGAACACUUGUGGCAAUAAAACAGUGCAACAAGCCUUUGGAAUUAUCACAGAAAAUGUACCAUGUGGGACUACAGGUGCUACCUGCUCCAAAACUGUCCGAAUUCAACUUGGGCGAACGGAAAUCAAACUGUCAAAAGGAAAAGCUGAAGAGGUGGACCUGGAAACUGGACCAUGGAUUGACUACAGCAUAGCACCCAUUGGUUUAUAUCUGGUCAUAGAAACUGAGAUUGGUAUCACAGUGAUGUGGGAUCGCAAAACAACUGUCCGCAUCCUCUUACAGACACAGCACAGCGGAAAGGUGUGUGGUUUGUGUGGAGACUUUGAUGGAGAUGGAAGUAAUGACUUCAUCACCCAGGGUCAGCUACCAGUUAGUAAUCCAUUAGAAUUUGCGAACAGCUGGAAGGUGCGCAGCACUUGCCCAGAUGUGGAUACAAAUAUUGACCCUUGUGUAGUAACACCCAAUAGACGGUACUGGGCUCAAAUGAUGUGUAGCGUGAUAUUGGGAGAAACAUUCAAAGAGUGCCACAGCAAGGUUGAUCGUAAACAAUUUUAUGAUAACUGUGUGAAAGAUUCAUGUGCCUGUAACUCUGGAGGAGAUUGUGAGUGUUUCUGCACAGCGGUUGCAGCGUAUGCGCAAGCUUGUAAUGAGGCUGGCAUAUGUGUUGCAUGGAGAACUCCGGACAUCUGUCCCAUCUAUUGUGAUUACUACAACAAUCCUGAUGAAUGUAAGUGGCACUACAAUCCUUGUCAUCCACCUUGCUACAAGACGUGUUUGUACCCAGACGGAAUAUGUGCUAACCCUCUCCCACACCUGGAAGGCUGUUACCCCAUAUGCCCAGAAGAUAAGCCCAUAUUUGAUGAAGUGAACAACGUUUGUGUUGAUAUAUGUCCUACAACACCAACUACAACCUACCCCAACCCCUACUAUGACCACACUGCCUACUACAACUCCUACAAGGCCUACUACAACCACACCGCCUACUACAACACCUACAAUGCCAACCACAACCCCUACUACGACCACAUUGCCUACUACAACACCUACAAAGCCUACUACGACCACACCGCCUACUACAACACCUACAAUGCCAACCACAACCCCUACAAGACCAACCACAACCCCUACUACGACCACACCGCCUACUACAACACCUCCAACGCCAACCACAACCCCUACAAAGACAAUCACAACUGGAACACCUAUGACAACUCCUUUUUAUUGUUGUACCACAAUUAUUUGUUCCACAACACCCAUGUCAACUCCACCACCGACCACAACCACAACCCCUACUACAACAACCACGCCUACUACAACAUCUACAGGGCCAACCACAACCCCUACAAGGCUGACUACAACCACACUACCUACUACAACACCUACAAAGCCAACCACAACUCCUACAAGGCCAACCACAACCCCUACUACAACCACACUACCUACUACAACCCCUACAAGGCCAACCACAACCCCUACUACAACGACACUGCCUACUACAACACCUACAAGGCCAACCACAACAACUACAGGGACAACCACACCUCCUACUACGACUACACCCCCUAUUACAACCCCUACAAGGGCAACCACAACCCCUACUACGACCACACUGCCUACUACAACCCCUACAAAACCAACCACAACCCUUACUACAACCACACUGCCUACUACAACACCUACAAGGCCAACCACAACACCUACAAGGCCAACCACAACCUCUACUACAACCACACUGCCUACAACAACACCUACAAAGCCAACCACAACCACUACUAUGACCACACUGCCUACUACAACACCUACAAAGCCAACCACAACCUCUACUAUGACUACCCUGCCUACUACAACACCUACAAAGCCAACCACAACCUCUACUAUGACUACCCUGCCUACUACAACACCUACAAGGCCAACCACAACCCCUACUACAACCACACUGCCUACUACAACACCUACAAGGCCAACUACAACAACUACAAGGCCAACCACAACACCUACAAGGCCAACCACAACCCCUACUACAACCACACUGCCUACUACAACAACUACAAGGCCAACCACAACACCUACAAGGCCAACCACAACCCCUACUACAACCACACUGCCUACUACAACACCUACAAGGCCAACUACAACAACUACAAGGCCAACCACAACACCUACAAGGCCAACCACAACCCCUACUACAACCACACUGCCUACUACAACAACUACAAGGCCAACCACAACACCUACAAUGCCAACCACAACCCCUACUACGACCACACUGCCUACUACAACAACUACAAGGCCAACCACAACACCUACAAUGCCAACCACAACCCCUACUACGACCACACUGCCUACUACAACACCUACAAAGCCAACCACAACCCCUGCUACGACUACACUGCCUACUACAACACCUACAAGGCCAACCACAACCCCUACUACAACCACACUACCUACUACAACCCCUACAAGGCCAACCACAACCCCUACUACAACGACACUGCCUACUACAACACCUACAAGGCCAACCACAACCCCUACUACAACCACACUACCUACUACAACCCCUACAAGGCCAACCACAACCCCUACUACAACCACACUACCUACUACAACCCCUACAAGGCCAACCACAACCCCUACUACAACGACACUGCCUACUACAACACCUACAAGGCCAACCACAACCCCUACUACAACCACACUGCCUACUACAACACCUACAAGGCCAACCACAACCCCUACUACAACCACACUGCCUACUACAACACCUACAAAGCCAACCACAACCCCUACUACAAACACACUGCCUACUACAACACCUACAAAGCCAACCACAACCCCUGCUACGACUACACUGCCUACUACAACACCUACAAAGCCAACCACAACCCCUGCUACGACUACACUGCCUACUACAACACCUACAAGGCCAACCACAACCCCUACUACAACCACACUGCCAACUUCAACACCUACAAGGCCAACCACAACAACUACAGGGACAACUACACCCCCUACUACGACUACACCCCUUAUUACAACCCCUACAAGGGCAACCACAACCCCUGCUACGACUACACUGCCUACUACAACACCUACAAGGCCAACCACAACCCCUACUACAACCACACUGCCAACUACAACACCUACAAAGCCAACCACAACCCCUACUACGACCACACUGCCUACUACAACACCUACAAGGCCAACCACAACUACAGGGACAACCACACCCCUUACUACGACUACACCUCCUAUUACAACAACUACAGCUUCAACCACAACAACUACAAGGCCAACCACAACCUCUACUAUGACUACCCUGCCUACUACAACACCUACAAGGCCAACCACAACCCCUACUACAACCACACUGCCUACUACAACACCUACAAGGCCAACUACAACAACUACAAGGCCAACCACAACACCUACAAGGCCAACCACAACCCCUACAACAACCACUAUGCCUACCACUACACCUUCUGUGACUGGCUGCCCUAUAUGGAAUGUAGGGGUAAGCCUGGUGCUUCAGUUCCUGUGGUGGCAUGUCAGGAUUGUGUAUGUACCCGAGAAGUGAAUCCAAAUGAUGGCCUUUUCAAAAUAGCUUGUGAAUUCCAGCAAUGUGAUGAAAAAUGUGCAACGGGAUAUGAAUAUGCCGAAAUUGAGGAAGAUGAAUGUUGUGGGAAGUGUGUCCAGACCCACUGUAUCGCCACUAUUAAUGGUACCAAACAUCUCUUAGCACAAGGAGAAUCUUGGGCACCACCUGGUAACAACUGUGAGCUUUACACUUGUAUUAAGACCGAUGGGAUAUUCACGGCUAUAAGUCACACAUUGUCUGUCCACCAUUCCAGGAGGCCAACUGCCAACCUAUACUCUGAAUUAGCAGCAGCUAUGCAGCAUUCUUGCUCGUGCUGCAGGGAAUCACGCUCCAGCAAUCGCACGGUUGACUUGCAAUGCCUGAAUGGAGACACAAUUCCCUACACCUACAUGUACGUGGAGGAGUGUACUUGCGGCCAGUCAGAGUGUACCACAGCUGCGAUACGAUCUGCUCGCAAGAGGCGAAGCUUCACACUUGUCACUUGUGAGAACGGUAAGUGGAACUGUGAAAACACAGGCUGCCCUGGCGUCUGCUCUGUGCUGCAUGGCUCUUACAUCACCACCUUCGAUGACAAAUCAUAUCAAUUUCACGGAGACUGCUAUUAUGUUCUCGCCAUGAUGAUUGUAAUUAAUGCUAAUGGACAGUUGUACUAUAACGGUCAAACUGUGCAAAUGCCUCUUUUUUUGGAUGAAGUGAUCAUCUUCCAGCCGUCAACAUUCUACAUUGUUGUGAAAACUAUCUACGGGCUUCAAAUUGAAAUUCAACUCAUACCCAUUAUGCAGCUCUACAUCAAAGCCAAUACUGGUUACAAAGGAAAACUCUCGGGCCUUUGUGGAAACUAUAAUGACAAGGAAAUUGAUGACUUCAAAACCACAGCUGGCUUGAUAGAAGGAACUGCUGUGACAUUCGGCAAUGCAUGGAAGGUCAACGCAGAGUGCACAGAUAUUCGCUGCACUUUUACAAAUCCAUGUGGCUUGGUUAUCGAGAAGGCAUGUUAUUGCAUAUAUAAUGGAACUAGAUACGAAUAUAAUGAGAACAUCUAUGAAAAGUCUGAUGGAGAUGGAACCUGUGUGAAAGCUACUUGCAAAGAAAAUGGAACCAUCGAGAGAUCUAGAUACCGUUGUUUGACAACGACAUUGCCAACAACAACUACGCCACCGACCACCACCACCACGCCACCCACCACCACCACCACGCCACCCACGACAACAACCACACCACCCACCACUACAACCACGCCACCCACCACUACAACCACGCCACCCACGACAACAACCACACCACCCACCACCACAACCACGCCACCCACCACAACAACCACGCCACCCACCACAACAACCACACCACCCACCACCACCACCACGCCACCCACCACUACAACCACGCCAUCCACGACCACAACCACACCACCCACCACUACAACCACACCACCUACCACCACAACCACGCCACUCACCACUACAACCACGCCACCCACGACAACAACCACACCGCCCACCACCACAACCACACCGCCUACCACCACAACCACGCCACCCACCACAACAACCACACCUCCCACCACCACAACCACACCACCCACCACCACCACCAUGCCACCCACCACUACAACCACGCCACCCACGACAACAACCACACCACCCACCACUACAACCACGCCACCCACCACCACCACCAUGCCACCCACCACUACAACCACACCACCUACCACCACCACACCACCCACCACAACCACUCCACCCACAACUACAACAACACAAACAACAAUUGUAACAGGACCACAUACAACUAUUCCCUUUACCACGCAUGUGACAGGAGAGGUGAAAAAUGUAACAGUAACCACCAUCACCACAGAAAUAACCACUACAACCACACCACCCACCACCACAACCACACCACCCACUACUACAACCACACCACCCACCACAACAACCACGCCACCCACCACCACAACCACGCCACCCACCACCACAACUACGCCACCCACCACCACAACCACGCCACCCACCACCACAACCAUGCCACCCACCACAACAACCACGCCACCCACCACUACAACUACUCCACCCACCACCACCACCACGCCACCCACUACUACAACCACACCACCCACCACUACAACCACGCCACCCACCACCACAACCACGCCACCUACCACCACCACCACACCACCCACUACUACAACCACACCACCCACCACAACAAUCACGCCACCCACCACCACAACCACGCCACCCACCACCACAACUACACCACCCACCACUACAACCACGCUACCCACCACUACAACCACGCCACCCACCACCACAACCACGCCACCCACCACCACAACCACGCCACCCACCACUACAACCACGCCACCCACCACCACAACCACGCCACCUACCACCACCACCACACCACCCACCACCACAACUACACCACCCACCACCACAACGACACAACCUACCACUACAACCACACCACCCACCACCACCACCACACCACCCACCACCACAACGACCCCACCUACCACUACAACCACACCACCCACCACCACAACCACGCCACCCACCACUAUAACCACGCCACCUACCACUACAACCACACCACCCACCACCACAACUACACCACCCACCACCACAACGACACAACCUACCACUACAACCACACCACCCACCACCACCACCACACCACCCACCACCACAACGACCCCACCUACCACUACAACCACACCACCCACCACCACCACCACAGCCACAACUAUCACAACGCCUUGUUACUGUGUGUACAUGGAUCAAAAAUUAUCGCCUGGUGAAGAAAUCAGUGGAAAGAGCGAUGAGGAAGGCUGGUGUUAUGUUGCAGUUUGCACUUCAGAAUGUGUAAUUCAAAAGUUAAAUUAUCUGUGUACGACUACAAGGCCUCCAACAACAGCUACAACAAAGAAACCCCCAAAAAACUGUACUUAUGAGAUGCCACCAAGAGAGCAUGGUGAGACAUGGGUACCAUGCAGCUGUAUUAUGAACACCUGUGAAGAUGGCGUUGUGAUUUCGAAUCACAAAGAUUGUAAAGAGCCAGUCAUACCAAUAUGUGCAAAUGGGUAUCCGCCAGUCAGGGUUUUUGAUGAUCCUGAGGAAUGCUGUUUUCACUUUGAAUGCCAAUAUAUCUUCACCGGAUGGGGAGAUGGUCAUUAUGUGACGUUUGAUGGCACCUAUUACACACAUCAUAAAAACUGCACAUACGUGUUGGUCAAAGAGAUUACGAUUAAAUACCAUUUCAAAAUACUUAUCAGCAAUCAACACUGUGAUUGGAGUAAAGAUGUGGCCUGUGUCCGCACCUUGACUGUGUUCUACAACAACUAUAUAAUUAUUCUCAAGCAGGUCCAACACAUAAAGUUCCUGGUAAGCAUCAACGGUGAAAAUAUUUACCCAUCAUACAACCAUGACGGCAUUAUUAUCACGACAACAUCAAUUGAGUUAAUCUUGAGAAUCCAGGAAAUCCAUCUGUUCCUGGUGUUUACGGAGAAUUUAUUCUCCAUUGAGUUGCCGGCUACACUUUUCCACGGGAACCUUGAGGGACUUGGUGGUAAGGCUGACAACGACUCGAGCAAUGAUUGCUAUUUACCAAAUGGUGAGGCUUCUACAGACUGCUCUAGGAUGGCAGAUGAGUGGCUUGUAGAUGAACACAAGGAAGAAUAUUGUGUGGAACCCCCACCUCCGCCCACACCAGGCCCAGACUGCAAUGUAAAUAUCUGUGAGGUGUUGAAGUCCAGCGUGUUUGAGGCAUGCCAUGGUUCAGUUUCAGUAGACGUCUAUUAUAAUGCCUGUAAAGCUGAUCCCUGUAAGAGUUGUUGCUUUCUGGAGGCAUACGCUCAGAUGUGUUCCAGCCUUGAUAUGUGUGUGCACUGGAGGAAUCACACAAGUGGAGUGUGUGAAUACCAGUGCCCAGGAAACAAAGUUUAUAAAGCUUGUGGACCAACGUUUGAGGAAACUUGCAAUGCAAGGCUCAAUGAAGAGCAAAAUGAACAGUGUAAUGGAAUGGGACUUUUGAAUGAUCCAGGCUGUACUGCAAUGGUGGAGGGAUGCUACUGUUCAGAUACAAUGACCAUGUUCAGCCCAAGCUCUGACAUUUGUGUCUCAUCCUGUUGCACUGGACCUGAUGGCAAUCCUAAAGGGCAUGGUGAGAGCUGGCUGUCUAACUGUGAGCGCUGUUACUGUGAAGAGUACACUGACAGCGUUAUGUGUGAGCCCAUUAAAUGUCAGCCUCAAAUGCCAGUAACCUGCACAAAGGACGGGGAGGUAUUGACCAACCAGACAGUUGACUGCUGCACAAAGCAGGUUUGCGAAUGCAACGUUAAAUACUGCCCUGUGCCAUCUGUACUUUGUGAAUUGGGAUUUGAGUUAAAGGUGACAAUGCCAGAUGAUAGUUGCUGCCCAGUUUACACAUGUGUUCCCAAACUUGUUUGUGUCUACAAUAACACUGAGUACAAGACUGGUCAUCCUGUUCCCCAAGACCCAUGCGGAUCAUGUGUCUGCUCUGCAAGGACAAAUCCUGAAACCAAAUUACAGUACACUGACUGCACGACAAAUCCAUGUAACGUUCUCUGCUCAGAGGGCUAUGAGUAUGAAAGUGUCACUGGACAAUGCUGUGGACAAUGCAAACAAAAACGCUGUGUUUUUGAUUAUCCUGGCAUCGAUACUCCAGUUGUUAUUGAUCCUUCUAAUACAUGGACACCACCAAAUGAGAGCUGCACCAAGUACAGUUGUUCAAAGGAUGGUGAUAACUUUAUUGUCAUUAAGACUGAAACUCCAUGUGCUGACUAUAAUCCAGAUAACUGCAUUCCGGGAACUGAGACAACCUAUGCGAAUGGCUGCUGCAGAAGUUGUGUCCCUCUUCAGGACUGUGCAGUUACGAAAAAUGUCACCCGUCUGAAGAUUGAUGACUGCAUAUCCAAGAAUGAAGUAGAACUGACGGGUUGUGCUGGAACUUGUGGGCUUUCAUCAUCAAGAUACUCUGUGGAAAUGAAGAUGUUCAUACAUGAAUGCAAAUGCUGUAAAGAACUGGAAACCACUGAGAAGACAGUGGUCAUGGACUGCGCUGGUAAAGUGACCAAAUCUUACGUCUACCUUUAUGUUGAGAAGUGUAGCUGUGAAGAAUGUGUGUAUGGUUAGAAACGUGAAGUACAUGCUUAAACCUAUUAGAGAACCAACCAUGAUGCAUUAUAUGAUGUUCCCACAAAGGCACAGAUUUGAAUAAUCUCUCAAAUUAAAGUCUGUUGCUUUGUCAUACAAGAUACAAGAUACUUCAAAGCACUAUAAUUAAUAAUUGCAUUUUUAUAUAAACUUUAUGAAGAGAAAUUAACAGUAAAUAAAAAAUCUGAUCACAUAUAUGGCUGUGAUCAACUUAAAGAGCGUGAAUCACCAUGUGGUUGAUGUUUAAAGGAGUUACAUUGUCCAAAAAUGUGUCCUUAUCUACUUUCAACAGUUAGAUAUGACUUGACAUUUUAUGUCAGCCAUCACCAGUGUCACAGUCCAAGGAAUAUGUAUGAAAGGAUUCUCCUGCUUUAGACAGCACAUGUCACACAAGUCACCCUCACAGAUUCAUCAUCUCAUUUAGGGAUGUAGAUUCAGUUUCUGCCUUGUGAUGACAGCAUAUAUUGGUCCCGCGGUGUUUGUCUCUUUUAGUUUUACUAUUUGCUAUUUUUAAUUUUUUUUCCAUCUCCUAAUCUGUUUGGUGCAGUGUGUGAAAUCUAAGUGGGUGUUUUGUUUUUUUUCUGUAAAUGAUUUGAAAGAUAACAAAUGAAGAAGAGACAAGAAUGGUAUCAGGAUAUACCAUAAAAUAGCAGAUGUGUGACUGUUUUGCAAUGAACACUACUUUUAUGCAAUCAUUGAUUUGUUCAGCAUGUGAAAUCUGAAUGUAGUUUCUGUCAUUAAAACUUGAAGCUUCUUGAGCAUUAUA